AUGCUUUUGAUCGUGGUGUUGUGCUUUUGUGCCAGUGUGGUGAACGAUGUUUCCAGUCAGGAUAUCGAGGCGAUGAGGAAUAUGCCAAAAUACGAUUCGCGUUAUGACUAUUUAGAUGUGGAUGCACUUUUUAAUAGUAAGAGACUAGUCAGAAAUUAUGUGGAGUGUUUGAUAAAUGGACUAAGGUGCACUCCUGAAGGCAAAGCUUUGAAAAGAUUACUCCCAGAAGCACUAAGAACAAAAUGCGUUCGGUGUACAGAAAGACAGAAGAAGACCGCUGUGAAGAUCAUCAGACGGCUAAAGUACGAGUACCCGGAUGAAUGGGCGAAGCUCGCGUCAAGAUGGGACCCCACAGGAGAUUUCACGAGAUACUUCGAGGAUUAUCUGGCGAACGAACAGUUCAAUAUGAUAGGCGGCAAUGACGUCCCUACAACAGUGCCUCCUCCGCCGACGCCACCCCCUACAACGACAGCAACAAUGCCCCAAGCCCCAGCCACGACGCAGCCACCGAGACCGCUAUUGUUAAAUAGGUUUGCCGACGAUGGUGAAUUGAUGGUGGGCAGUCCGUCAUCGGGGGUGGCCACUCAGCGCCCCACAACCACUUUGCCACCGACAAGACCAUCCAUGUUUGCCACAAGGCCUGCUGUGCCACCUAGACCAACUCCUGUAUCAUGGUCAAAUGCCGGCCAAGAUUUCAUGACUCGUUUCCCGACGAGGACGGACCAGACUUACACGACAGCCAUCACACUCAUCGACCAGAUCGGCAUCAAGAUCAUCAAAACGACAGAACUUGUCACAGACAUACUAAAGAACACGGUUCGCGCUGUUGUCGGUUGA